CUGUGCGCAUGUACUUUCCCAGUCGGUUGCCAACAUGGCGGCUCGGCGAACGGGAUUACUGCUAUUCCAACGAUGUAAUUUUUGUUCGAGAGAAACACUCAAGCGAAGAUUUGGCUCUACUGUGUGCAGUUUUUCAAGAAUUGGAAAUAAUUUACUGGUUGCGUCACGUAGAAAUGGAAUUUUCUUUUUGUCGGCGUCUUCGCGCAAGAUUAACCCCUCAUUUUUGGGAGCGAUUUCGUCUCAUAGAGAAUUUCACACGUCAGAUCCAACUUACAAGAAAGAUUACUACAAAAUUCUUGGAGUACCACGUAAUGCAGACCAAAAGGAAAUAAAAAAGGCGUACUUUAAUUUGGCAAAGAAAUACCACCCGGAUACAAAUAAAGGUGCUGAUGCAGCUGAAAAGUUUCAGGAAAUAAGUGAAGCAUAUGAGGUUCUGAGUGAUGACAACAAAAGGAGUACCUAUGACAAUUUUGGAACUACAGAUUUUAGUGGUGCUGCAGGUGGUAACCCAUAUGGUGGUGGAAAUCCUUUUGGUGAAGGCAUUGACCCAGAAGAUAUCCUAAAAAACUUCUUUCGUGGAGGAGACAAUCCCUUUGGCUUUGGGACCAGAAGUGGAGGAUAUGGCUCUGACUUUCAAGAAAUCCAGCAGCAUGUUUUAAACCUGUCUUUCAUGGAUGCUGCCAAGGGUUGCAAUAAAGAUAUUACAACAAGAACAAAAGUAGUAUGUAACAGAUGCAAUGGCAAACGAGCAGAACCUGGAACUACUUAUUCGCAAUGUCCCACUUGUAAAGGAACUGGAGAAGAAACAGUUAACACAGGAUUCUUUCACAUGAGAUCAACCUGCCGGCGCUGUGGCGGCCAGGGUGUUUUUAUUAGCUCACCAUGCAAGAAGUGUAAUGGAAAAGGAAGAGUGAAUGAGACCAAGACAAUUACCAUCCCAAUUCCUGCAGGAGUUGAAGAUGGGCAAACUGUCAGGGUGCCAGUUGAAGCUGGAGAAAUAUUUGUAACAUUUAAGGUCAGUGAGAGUAAAGUGUUUGAAAGAGAAGGAGCAAAUGUUAGUUCAACAGUGACAAUCAGCUUUACACAGGCCAUUCUGGGAGGCACGAUACGUUCUCCCGGUAUUCAUGGAGAGAUUGAAAUCAAGAUCCCUCCUGGUACUCAGUCUCACCAGAAGCUCCGUCUGUCAGGGCGUGGCAUUCAAAGAUUAAACGGCGUUGGCAAAGGAGACCAUUUUGUGAAUUUUAAAAUACAUAUACCCAAAUACCUAAAUGAGAAGCAAAAGGCUUUAGUGUUAGCAUAUGCCGAGCUUGAGGAUGAAGUCAGUGGUACAGUAAAUGGAGUCGAUAAAUCAGCAAAAGACGCCCCACCCAGCCAAACUUGGCAGGCGUAUGAAACACCCACCGGUGGAAAGACGGCGAAUGAGAUUGAUCUCGAAGAAGUCGUCAAAAAGAAGCGCCCCUUGGGUCGGUUUAUGCCUGACGGAUCAUGGGAUGACGAAGACCCGGAAGGCAGAGCUCGACUCGCGAGACGGCAGUUUUUGAGAAUAGCGAUGGUCGCAUCGUUCACUAUAGCUGCCUAUCUGUUUAUGCAAAUCAUCUUGCUGGGGGUUGAAGCCCGCGAGUUUGAUUCUGAGAACGCUUAUUGUGACAAUUUAGAAAAUGAAAGUUGACAAUACAGUAGUAAAGGGAUAAAUAUUUGUAAAUCUAAUUUGUUAAAUUUUAAGGGGUUUGAUAGUAAUAAGUAGAUGUACCGAGGAGGAAUUGAGGAGCCAGGAAGUGUGAAUGUGACAAAGUGUUUAAAAUCCCCGAUCAGGCUCUCUUGUUUCCUCCUCUUAUUUUUGUCCCCUUUGCUUUGUUGUAUUGGAAACAGUUACGCUAUGUAAUAUCCUGGUGGAAUAACGCUCCACUUGAGAGGUCAUCACCCAACAGCUGCUUCGCUUUCCCGCUGUGCAACAGUUUAAGAAGCAUUUGCGAGCGACAUUCAAAGCUUUGAAUUUAGUUACCCAAGCGAAUUAGGAUUUUAACACCAAGUCACUAACUCUCCUUUUUUUUGGCUCUUCAAUU